AUGUUCAACCUGAAGUCUGCUCUCUUGGUAUUCACAACCCUCUUAAUCUCUGCUACAGCGGAACAAGUGGCACUGGCUGCAGCCACUGAUGUAACAUUGCCCUCACCCAAUGCCAAAUCCAUUGUUCCAAUUGACCCAGUGGGUGAUGUUGUUGCAGUCCAAGGUGGUCUGAACAAACCCACACUCAUAAUCUACCAACACCGUCUGGGCCACCUUGUCUCUGUUCAUGUCAAGGGUGCAUUCUCCACUGGCAGCACAAAUACAGAAACCAUUGUACCUGCAAAAAAUGUUCUUCAUGGCACACCUCUUGCUGUGGCUCAGCGAUCAAGGACAGACAAAGAUCCCCUAGGAGUGGUGAGCAAUAUUCUACCCUAUAUCUCUACAUCAUAUUAA